CUUCUCUUCCACUUGUUUUUGAAAAACAACAUUCAUCUAAUAUGUGCAUCAUCUAGAUAAGGCAAUAACAAAAGUACCCUUGAAGAGACAAACUUCAAUCUCGAUGAUGACAAAUUUUUUCGAUUUUUUCACUGGAAAAAAUAAACACAUAGCAAUUGUGGCAACUGCAGCGCCCCUUGUCAUCUUUGGCAGCAUUUUAGCUGGAUGGGCUUUAGCAAAUCGUUCUUGCAAAACAAGAAAACCUAUGAUUAAACGUUUUUCUAGCAAGACUUUGAACCUUGCGACUCUCCACGGAGGCAAACUAGCCUACCAGAAAUUGGUUGAUUAUCAUGAUGCUCAAGUGGAUGCAGAAGCACUACGUAGAGCUGAGACAGAAUUAGAUCGUUUACUUGAAGAGGAACAACUUGAUUUUUAUAUGCUGCAGCAGCGAGCGGUGGCAAAGCUGGAAAUGAGCGGAAAAGAAGAACAUGCAGUGGCAAAAUUGGAGAAGGCAUUGGAGAAGAUGAAGGAGGAAAAUAAACAACUUGAAGCCUAUGAAACCGAUAUGUUGCUUGUGGAGAUGCUCAUCUACAAGGGAGAUUUUGAGAAGGCUAAUAAAUGCGAAUGCCUGAAACAUGAAGAGAUUUCUGAUGCACGACGUCCACUAUAUAAGGCUAUUAUUCACAUCAUGUUAGAUCGCCCCAAGGGCAAGGAAGAAGCCAAAAAAUGUUGGGAAGAUUUUAUGGAGAUUCAGAGACACUUUGAAUGGCCACCUUGUUCGAAUGAAAUCCAAGCCCACAAAGUUAUUACUGAUUUCAAUGAGUUUGAGAGGGAAGUAAAGUUGCUUAAAGAUGAUAUCGCCAAGGCACACGCAAAGAAAACACAGGCCUAGUAAUGGAUGGUAUUUGUAUUUCACCAAGUACAAAUAAAAUAACAAGGGAUCGAUGUGACUAGGGUCGGUGGAGUACUCCAUAUUUAUAUUUCACCCCAUCCCUUUUUUCUUUUCUUUUUUAAAUCUUUUGAACUUUCCUCUCUCCUCCUUGGAUAGGGUCGGUGAAUAUGAAAUUUGAAAGAUUUAUGGCAUCCAUCUUCUUUGUAAUUUGACUGGCAUUUGAACUAUUGUAGAUUUGCAAGUACUACUAUAGUAAUGAAAUACAUCCUUUUUAAUU